CACACACACGCACACACAGGGAGGAUGUGACUCUCCUUCCUCAUCGGCCACCGCUCCUCAUCUCCCACGAUGAACCCGCUCCUCGGAGCUUCGCACCGGCGUGUAACUCAAUGGAAUAACCGAACAUGGUCGCACGUGAGCAGCUGACAUUGUAUCUCGUCAACCGGUUUUAACGUCGCCGUUGUCUCCCGAGAGGAGGCUCGCUCUGACCUGCCCCAUGUUCCUUCGCCAGCUGAGCUCCGUCAGCUCCUCCUUCCUCCUCCGUGGCCGUCCCCCUCUCUGCAGGGCUGGCUUCAGGAGCAGCGGCGCCUCCUCCUCUUCCCACCUCCUCCAUCCCGUCCCCGCUCCUCCCCCAUGGUGGUCGAUGCGCGGACCCCCUCCCCGGCCUCCUCGACUCCCUCCUCGCCACCCGGCGGCCCGUUGGUUCCCCUCCGGUUGGACGGCGCCGUGCCCUCGGAGCGUUGAUCCGGGCGCCUUCAGCGGCGGCCGGCGUUCGUUCUCCUCCACCGCCGGCCUCGCGAUGGAGCGCCCCCGCGGAGAAGAGGCGCCUCCUCACAAACGGAGGAGGAGCUCCGAUGAAAGGGAUCGCGGAGGACGCCGGGCAAAGGACGGCGGCUCCGAGACGGAGCAGCGGCGCCUCAAAGAUGGAAGCCGAGACCGAGAGAAGAGUUGUGACAGCAGGAGAGAGGACGAUAGAGAAAGGACUACAAAUAAAAGCCCGAACCGAGGGAGGGGCGCACGUCCGCCAGGAGCCGCGAGCUCAAAGACUCAAACCACAAAGACUCAAACCACAAAGACUCAAACCACAAAGACUCAAACCCCAAAGUCCAGACCUGAACGGGUCGACGUUCCCGUGCACCGACCCAACGCCUGGUUCAAAGAGGCCGAGGAGCAGAGGGGGCGGGACGAGGGGAGGACGGGAGGAGCAGAGGGGCAGUCGAGGGACAGAAGUCAUGAUGGAGGGCAGUGGGCGGGGCUCAGUCACGAGCCUCGCCGCUCUCACGGCUCAAACCCGUGGCAGGUCGCCGGAGCCGGAGGAGGAACAGGAGGAGGAACCAGAAGAGGAGGAGGAGGAGGAGGAGGAGGAGAAGGAGGAACCUGCCCGCCGGUCCGGCAGCAGGAGAAAUCUCUUCAGAGACACUGGGAGGCCUCCCCUGACCGCAGUAGCGACACCCGACCACCGGGCGGCGGCGCGGCGGCGUUUGACUUCUCGGUGAUGACCUACAACAUCCUGUCCCAGGAGCUGCUGCAGGACAACUUCUACCUGUACGGACACUGUCACCCAGGGGUGCUGCCCUGGAGCCACCGGCUGCCCAACCUGCUGGCGGAGGUCCGGCAGCACGACGCCGAUGUGAGCCGACGGUUCUCCCAGAACGUAGAACACUCAGCGGGGCGUGUGGUCAAGAGUGUGUGGACACCCAAAAACACAGUACACAGAUCUAUCCUGUGUCUUCAAGAAGUCCAGGAGGACCACUAUGAAAACCAGAUUAAACCGGCUCUACAGGCACUCGGCUACCAGUGUGAGUUCAAGAAGCGAACAGGAAGUAAACCAGACGGCUGUGCCGUCGUCUUCAAAACCUCCCGCCUGUCACUCCACUCCUCCAACCCGGUGGAGUUCUUCCGCCCCGGCGACGCCCUCUUGGACCGGGACAACGUGGCGCUGGUUCUGAUGCUGCGUCUCCGCUCGGACCCCUCGGCCUUCAUCUGCGUGGCCAACACGCACCUCCUGUACAACCCCCGCCGCGGCGACAUCAAGCUGGCGCAGCUGGCGAUCCUGUUGGCCGAGAUCGGCCGCUUGUCCCGCCCCCCGGACGGGGCGCCCAAUCCGGUCGUGCUGUGCGGGGACUUCAACUCCACGCCGCGGAGUCCGCUGUACCGCUUCCUGACGACGGGCUGCCUGGAGUACAGAGGCCUCCAGAGCAGCAUGGUGUCUGGUCAGGAAGGCAGUCCCAGAGGUCAGCGUGUCCUCACGUCUCCACUCUGGUCUCCCAGUCUGGGAAUCAACCACCGGUGUCAGUACGAGACCAAAGAGGAGCCGUCCUGCAGCAGCCCGACAGCAGUAGAGAGUAGUAUCUCUAAUCUCACCGUAGAGGAUCUCGCCACCAAAACUGCCACCGCUGUUGCUUCUGUCCGAGCGAGGAUCGAGCACAGCCUGAAGCUGCGGUCGUCCUACCAGCACCGCCUGAAGCCCGAUGGGAGACCUGAGAUCACCACCUGUCACUCUCGCACUGCAAUGACUGUGGACUACAUCCUGUACACCCCCGAGUUCACCGCACCUCCUUCACUUCCGGGUGGGCGUGGCCUCCAGCUGCUGGGCAGGCUGUCAUUGGUCGGCCAGCCGGAGCUGGAGGAAGUCGACGGCCUGCCCAAUCGGCAUCACUCGUCCGACCACCUCCCUCUCCUCGCCCGCUUCCGCCUCCGCCUCUAACGCCUGGACGGC